AUGUCUAGGGAAGAAGAAAGGAUUUGGAAGAGAGAAACACCAAAGUUUACAGUUGACAAAGAGAGGAAGGAGAUGUUGGUUGAGAGUAUAGUUGAUGAAGAGACCAGUCAAGAAACACAAGAUCUGUUGGUAAGAAAAAGGAAGCCCUCAGAAAGAAUUAUCAAGAUUAAGUUGAAAAAAGCAGUGCAUGAUCCAGAUGGAGGUGGUUCAACAACUGAGAAAGCACUUACAUUGGACUGA